AUGGCUGUGUUUGACGUUGAUAAUAUGAUAAGCCGCCUGCUAAACGUGGGUAUGGCUGGUGGACGACUCACAACUCAGGUAGGCGAGGAAGAACUACAUCGAGUGUGCCAAAAAGCAAAGGAAGUGUUCAUAAGCCAGAGCAGCCUGAUCGAAGUGGACCCACCUCUGGUGGUUUGCGGCGACAUCCACGGCCAGGUACCUGCUGCUGUUUGUUAA